CACAACCGCACUGGGCAAUGAUGGAAGCAGAGGCGAUUGACAGCAUCAGCGCUGUCGUGCAAGGCACUGCCGACACCGACUCCCUUGCCUCCCUCAAGCAGGCAAAAGCACACAUCGUUGGACUCGCAUUUCGUCGCGUGCUGUUCCCGCUGCUGGUCCAGCGCGAUGAAAAGUGUCUGGACGUCCUGCGCAUAUGCAUCGAGUGCUUCAAGCGCGAGUUUAUUGCCGUGGCAGCAACAAAUACCGUGUUGAUCAGCUUGUUUGAAGAUGCAUUUGACGUGCUCCCCGUCAGCAUGUGCGAGCGCGUGUUCACUCUCAUGGAGCAGAACGCCCAGCAGCCUGCAUUUGUCAAAGCCAACGGCCCGCGCGUCGUUCGCCUCAUCAACGGGCUGAAGAAGCGGCUAUCACGGUCGCAGGACAUUGAACUGAGCGGCCGUCUCCUCAUGUUCAUCGCCAGUAUUUUCCCCAUGUCGGACAAGUCUGGCGCCAACAUCUCCUCCGCUGUCAACGUCGCAAACAAGACGCAUUACGACGAAACAGAGGAGGAGCUGGACACUUCCGCCUCUGAGGCCGCGAAAGCACAGGAAGACAUCGACAUGCCGUCUCUUGGGCGUCCGCUGAACAAGAGCGACUACAAGCAGUUCUGGAGUCUCCAGCGCUUCUUCUGCGAACCGCGCCUCUGCUACCAGCCCGACGAGUGGAAACGAUUCGAAAAGGCGACGGAGUGUGUCCUGGAUCUGUUUGAACGCCAUCCACUGGAGGUCUCGCCCGUGACAACGCAGCCAACGGCAGCCUCGAUGAUGGACACCAACGAUGACAACGGUGAUGGUGAUGGUGAUGGUGAUGAUGGUGAUGAUGACGGGCCGUCUCAGAAGCAGAGGCGCGCGGACACGACGUUUGCAAAGUACCUGACGUCCCCGAAGCUCUUUGAGCUCCAACUCAACGACGUCACCCUCCGCCGCGAGAUUCUUCUCCAACUCCUCAUCCUCUUCUCGUAUCUUCCGCGCGACAGCAAAUUCAAGAAGCCCGCGGAAACGCUGACGUCAGCACAGAAGGAAUGGAUGGACAAGAGGCAACGGCAAGUCGAGAAGCUGAUGAAAGCGGCCGGGAGCGACGGCGCUGAUUUCCUCACGAAUGCAAAGCGCAUGCUGGAGCGUGAGCUGGUCUGGGUGCAGUGGAAGGAGGACGGCUGCAAACCGUUUGAGAAGAAGGAGAGUGCAAAGCGCAAGGCACCGUCGCCACCAGCACCGGGCGCAGCCGGCGUUCAUAUGGGCAGUGAUGAGCUGCAGCGGCUGUGGACGCUGUCAUCAACGAACAUGGAGGCCUGCAAGCGCGCGAAAGUGCGGGUACCGUCGCUCAAGGAAUACUUCCUGGACGCGGUGGAGGAAAUGGACCCCGCGGAAUGCGUGGAAGAGGAAUACUGGCAAAUCAAUGACUUUCGGUUCAACUGGAAAGGCCUGCGCCUCAUUUCGCGCAAGAAAGUCAACCUGUUCCACUUUGCAGAUCAGCUGUCACUCAAGUCAUACAUGGAAUCCACACUCAACAUCCUCGCGAAGGAUUUUUCGUCUGGAACAGCGUCGCCGUCUGCCGCUGUUGGCGAAACGAACACACGCGAGGGGGCGGUGAAGGCAGAGGAGGAGGGAAACGGCGAUGCUGGCACUGGCAGUGGUGGUGAUGAUGAUGAUGAUGAUGGCAGCAAGAGCGGGGACGAGGGAGAAGGAGGAGAGGAAGAUGGCGAGGAGACAGCAAAGAUGGAGGAAGAUGAUGACGCUGGUGAUGGCGGUGAUGAUGAUGAGGAAGGAGAAACAGCGAAUGGUGACAAGGAAGACGAGUAAACGGGCUAGUGUCCACCUUGUUGUCCCCGUGUGUGUUUUGUGGCUGUAUCUUCUUUGCCCCCCCCCCUCCCCCCAAAGCCCUGUUCAAGCGUCUUGCGGUGUAGAUGUGCAUUCCUUCAGUUGUUCGCUGUAUUCGCAAAACGUGUAACAACAGCAUACAUGCAAGCAAGCAAGCAUGGAAAGCAUUGAACGAAAGCAAGAAGCCCUCACACAAAUAUUCAAGGAAGACAACAAACAGAUG